AUGAAGAGAUUUAGGAAGCAUAGCAGCGCCCGCAACGAAUUGGCGUUGAUAAAGGCGGCUGCAUGGGCAUGGUAUGAGCAUGGGACUGGAUUAGAAGGCAAGUCACUGCGAGAAUUUGAUAUCAGAAGAAGUUUUCAUGAUCCUAAACCAUCCAGGUUCAAGCUACAAGCUAAGAAACUAGCCGAACAAGGCAGUAAAGAUAUGGAUGAUGGGUUGAGUGACCUAAGUCCAGGAACGAGCAGUGGGAGAGCAGAGACUGUUGAUGAUCAUUCUCUUCUUGAUAGAUAUGAGAUUGAGAGUAUUUCUCGGCGAUUUGAUCAACUUAUGGAGUCUAGUGGUGACAAGGGCAGACCUUCUAGUAAGGGGUUCUUAGUUGGAGUUCGUCUUGCUCAACAGCACAACCACAAACAUCCUGAGCCUACAAGCAGUAGUGAAUGGUCACCACCACGGAGAUUGCAAGCUCCAACGUCUGCAUCUGGGGAACUUCGUCGAAAAGGAAGUUUGGAAUCAUCCGAUGGUGACUACACAACUCGCCGUAUGAAAAAGAAGAGCAGCAACAGCAACUUGAGAGGGUUUUGGCAAAGACAGGCAGUGAUAUGCGGUUCAAGUGCUCAUAAAGAUGUAGUUCUAGGGACAAGAUCUUUUGUAGAUAGUCAGGGGCAACGGCAGUUCCCCCAUAAGCGGAAAGUGUAA